AUGACUUGUGCAGCACGAUUUGACUGUGAUAGAUGUGGAAAAUGUUAUCGCUACAAACAAGGCCUUGCUUCUCAUAAACGAUAUGAGUGUGGGAAAGAACCUCAGUUCAUGUGCCCUCAUUGUGAUUACCGUGCCAAACAAAAGCAGAAUUUGAAGACUCAUAUAAUUAUAAAACACUGCAUUCCUAAGGAGUCAUGAUUUUUCAAUAUUGCUGAAUAAAUAAUGAAAUAGUCUGAUCAAAAAUAAUAUUUUUUAUUUUAUCAUUUAAUUUUAGCAUGUUUCUUAAUGUAAACUCAUUGAUCCUUGUAUAUUGAAAUUCUAUUGUUGAGUAUUCGUUACUAUUUGCUGCUUCAUUGGAUGGCUCUGAAUCAAUAAUUAGACAGUAUUUAAAUAAAUAAAUUCAUUUUUUAUAAACAAAAUCUUCUUGUACUUCACUUUAAUGAUAAUGUAUUGUUUCCCUUCUUAAUCCUGGUAUAAUAGUCUAUCUCCUUUGGCAGGGGUCUCCAAACUACUACCCGGAAAAGUUUCUUUAAUUUUGUAGUUAAAUUUUAAAAAAUAUGAAAUUUAAUAAAUAACUCAAACAUAAGGUUCCUACAACAUUUAUGUAUUAGUUCUUUUUUUUUCAAAACCUCAUUUCACAGCUGAAGUAUCAUUUAUAAAACAAAUCUUUUUUUUAGCACAAUCCAUGGCCUGCGGUAAUUGGUAAAAGUCUCAAUGUGGCCAAUGGGCCAAAAAGUUUGAGACCCCUGUCCUAUAGUAAUUGAUUAACUUUUUUAUGUGCAUAGGAGGCAUUUAUGUUUGUGCUUUUGUCUGUUUUUAGGGAUGUUUUUAUUUAAGAAAGGAUUAAAAUAAUUCAUUAUAUAAAGUGAACUGAUGUUUUUCCUCAUUAAAAUCCUGAAUUUCUACUCACUACAAUAAAAUGACCACCUCAUUAUUACCAGACUACUGAACCACUGUCAGAAAUGGAAGAUUGUGUGUAUAGGAGAUGGGCACAAAAUUUAACACAAGAUAAUUGAUCGUCAAUCAAAUAAUUUCAUUAAUUUUAUUAAUACUGAGUGUCUUGUAAAUGUAUGUGUGUAGACAGAUAGAUGGAUAGAUAAAUUGAAAUUUUAUCCGUUAGGCAGCUUAAUAAGCAUUCAUUUUAUUAUAACUAUUUUUUUUUAUUCUACUUAAAGGAAUUAUUUAACUGAUUUAACGGGGUAAAUGACUUAGAAGUUUAUCAGUUUCGAAUAACAGGAAACAUAUCUCAUUUGCCAGUUCAGUGAACAGCAUCUUUUCAUUUAAUUUUAUUAAAUUCAGAAUAUUUGUUAUCUUCAGAGAUCAAGUUUUAAAACAAAUUUUGUUUUUAAUGUUUCAUUUAUCUUUAAUCUAAAGAUAUUUUCCUUUGUGUUUUGGGCCUAAAUACAAUAUCAAUCAUCCAAUAUACACAAUAGUGAAAGUUAUGUCUACCUCACUUCAUCCCUUAACUAUCUUGAUCCAAGCCGUGAUAUUCAUCAUUCAUUUAGUGAUGAGAAUGCGAUGUUCGUCUUCUUUCUUUGUGUUAAAAAACUUUCUUCUGCUAACAUAAUCAAUAUUGCUUUUACAUUUCGAGGCCACAGUUUUCAUACCAUUAAAAAUGAAUUUCAGAAGGUUUAACAAAUUUUAAAACAAAAAUCAAAAACUGAGAAGAUUAUGAAAAUAUACACAGAGAGGGUGGAGUUGUUAAAAGAAGUGCCAAGAUUUAGAAGUAUUUCUCAUUAGGGAAUUUACUGUGUUUUAUAAUAAUCAAAUCAGUGUUCCAUCAACAGCAAUUUGUUUUUCUCGAAAGGAAUCAAAUCCGAAUAUUGUGAUCAAAAAGGUAUUCAUCCAGAUUACAAAACUGGAAUUAGAAAUAAGCUCUUCCAUUGAGUCCUGCUGACAAAUUGGAAAAGAAAUAGAAUAAUAAAAAUUAUGAUGAUUUUAAAAAAUUAAUAUUCCCUCUAAGAUUGCAUAUGAGACACACUCUCACACUCACUUAUAUUUAUCAAUGUUUCAUUUCACUUUCUCACUAUCAAAGCUAGACAAACUUUGUUUUCAUGUAGGUAUUGGACAAUUUUUCCAAGAGGUAACAUUCCAAGUUCUAACCAGAGUAAAUGAGUCAAGAUUCUUUUUGUGCGUCUGCCAUGAAUUAAAUUUCUACCUGUCUAGGCCUGAUUCGAAUCUGCACCACUAGACUUAAACACUUGAGUGAGUUUGUACCGUGAUGUCUCGGUCCCACAUUAAUUUUAUAAAAUUCCAUCCUCUACUUAUGUCUGCACGUUGGCAAAUAUGUUUUUCUGGACACACCUACAUUUCCAAAACGGUUUGUCUGAUUUGGCCUAAAGUUAGAUGACAUGGUGGCCAAGCAUUGGAUUGGGAAACUUAAAAUGUUCAGUCCUUGAUUUUGAAGAUAGUGGGUUCAAUUCCAAGCAGGGUCAGUUAAUAUUUAUUUCUGAGCAGUCUAGUAUCAAUUUUAUCAAAUUCUUUCCCCUACUUUUAUUUCAUCAUACUCAAAUAUAUUUUCCUUGACAUGCUUAUGUUUUAAAAAUGAUUUGUUAUAUGAAUUUUAUUCCGAAACGAUUUUAUUUUAUUAAUGUUUUCAAUCUCAAAAAAUCAUUGUCCUUAAAAUAUUAGUAAUUAUCCAUCCAAUAGAAAUGGUGUAGAAGUUAAACUGACUUUAACUGGCAG